AAUCCUAAAUGCUUCAAAUUAAAGUAAAUCUUGAAUGAGUUUUUUUGCAAAUUCAUGUGUUUCUUGUUCAUAGCAUCAUAAACGACGGUUGAUCUUGUUUUGACAUGAAUCACAUGCUCGGAAUGGCGAUUAUGAGGUGAGUGCAUUGAAUGCACCUAAAAAAUGAGUGCACUGAGACGCCACCAUAUAUAUAUAUAUAUAUAUAUAUAUAUAUAUAUAUAUAUAUGUGGUGGCUUCUACGGUACCCCGGGUGAAAUUCAGGGUACCGUAUACCUUGAGUAUGAAAACACUAUCUAGACCUCGAAAUGGAAAAAACUUUGGGCUUGGUACUAUACCCUAAUCCUUAUUGAGUGAACCCUAGGUCCUAAUUAUCUAAAUCAUAAACUAUAAACCCUAAGACGGAGCAUUCAUUUUUUUGCCUAUAUUUGGACGAAUCAUAGCCGUCGAUUAUUGUUUCUAAUUAAAUUGAUAUUGGAGUAUAAGAUUUAGGGAGCUAAGACCUAGAUUUUGAUCUUUAAGGGUUAGAGUAUAAUAUCAUGUCCAAAUGAUCAAUCAAUUCAAGGUCUGGAUAGCGUUUUCAUACUCAAGGUAUGCGGUACACCGGAUUUUACUCGGGGUACCGUAGAACUCGCCAUAUAUAUAUGGUGACUAAAUCCUACAUCAUACAUAUAUUGGUGUAUGUCGUACAGCAGCAUUUUCCACAGUACACGUCCAUCUCAACGGUCGGCGUUAAUGCGGGUUCUUUUUUGUGUGAAUAAAAAAUAAACUAGCUCAUUUAUGUUGGUCGUUGAGAUGCACUCAAACGGUGGAGAUUGUCUAGUGUACGACAUACACCAUAUAAUAUAUGGAAAACCCUACACGACCAUACACAUCCCUCCCGCCCAGCGGCCAACACCGCUCAAACCCCUUCUCUGUUUCACUUUCUUCUAAAAAUUUCAUCUUCCCUCAAAAUUCAAAAGCACAUACCUUCUGUUUGAUGCUCCCAUAAACAAUCGAUUUCAUCAAUCCCUCUCUCUACUUCGUCUCCCGAAAUCUCGAUCUACCUAUCUCCUCUUACUAACUAACCUCUCCUCUUCUCUUUCUCUAUGGAGACAAUGAGAGAAAUGCAAAAGGAGGACAACGACUGAGAGAGGGAGCUCGUCGACGGGUUUGCCAAUGAGUUGCGGGUCGGACCUCGGAAGAGCAGUUGAAGAAGUUCCAGAAAUCGGCCCACUAGACGCUAGUCAAAUUUGAACCCAAUAAUUUUUCGUCAUAUUAUUUUAUUUAUUUCAGACGAUCAGAUUUAAAAAUCGGUCAAGCGGUUCGAGUAGUUGGAAUGGUUAACCAUUUUGACCGGUCAAAAAUCGACCUUCUUGACCAUUGCGGCUUUUGGAUGGUUCCGAACCGGACUGAUGGUCGGGUGUCAGUUUUACCGGUCCGAUCGGCCAGCUCGGGUCGGUCUUGAUAACACUUCAAAAUAUGCAUAUUUUCUUUUUUUGUCCCACCCCACCAAAGCCAAAAUCCUGGAUUCUCCCUUAUAUGCAGGUCGUCCCCUCUGAAUUUGCAAAUAAGUAGUUCCCCAAAAAUCUUGUAACAGUGGGGUUGCGUGCUUGUUACGAGGAAAUUGAUGAAUUUUUUAACCAAUCGGUACUUGUUGUCAAGAGAAAUAAAAAUGGAUUGAGGUUGAAAAUGUGGGUCGAAUUUCGCAUCAAUAAUGACUUGAGGGAAACGUGUGUUUGCAGAGGAGGAAGAAGAGGAAUCUGGUAGAAACUGGAGUUCUCUACUUUGGUGUAUUAUGUAACACAUGUGUUCUCAUGGAUCUUUUCCUCCCGUUUUUCGAGUGUGCAAUGAGUUUUUCAUGGUUUAUGUCUAAAAUGGAUUCAAUGUGUAACUAAUUUGUGCAUAUGAGGAAUGCACAUCUUUGACCGUGAAGAAUUAUUGGGGUACAAGCAGGCCAGACUCUCUGAAAAUCAGCUUACAAGUGUGGGCUUUCAUGCAACAUAGCCAGACUCUCUGAAAACUAGCUCUGUUCAGUCGACCACUCAAAACAUCUCCCAAAAUUCCAAUUUUAGAGAGUUUUGGAAAAAGGAUGAUUGAGUGCACUAGCUCCUAAUAUCUUCUUUCCCCUAUAAUGGAAAUACGGUUGUUUAUUUUGUUUCACAGACGAAACAAAAGUUUACUCAUUUCUUUUCAUCCCUUUUAACAUAAAGACACUUCUCCUUUCUCUUCCUCUUCCGCUUUUCUCUGCUACUGACUCGAUCAAACUAUAACAUCACAAUCGAUGACCAAGUAUAACCGCCGAUCGGUGUAGUAUAAGGCAAGCAAGCAAUAAGAAUUUAUCGUACCUCGGUGACCUAGGCUUACCCUACUUCAGGUUUAGGGUUCGUUAUCUAGCCAACCUAGGAUAGUGAUUGAUAGAAUUAAACUAACUAACCUAAACUAACCACUAACCUAGCUAUUUACAAGGUUUGGAGCUCUCUUGGGUUGAAUCGUCCUAGGUCCGGUCUUUGGAUCAAUGUUGGGUAUCCUCCUAGCUUGAUUGACUCAAAUACACUACCGUUUGGAGAUGGACUCCCUCGGGAAUGACCCGGAACGGCGAAUCAAUGGAUGGGUAGUGCUAUAUUCAACCUAGGGUUUCGUAUAAUGCUAGGAGACCUGUCGAAUAAAAUCCCUCGGGGACUACCCAGACAAAUACGAUAGGAGUGACCCGAAGUCGCCAAAAGGGGGCACUAAGGGGAUUAUCUCUCUCCUAGGUCAAAAGCUCAAUACAUGAAAUGGAAAUCCAAAUCAUGCCAUUCAUGAAAACAUCCAUCAAUUAAGUAAAAGCAUCAAUCAAACAUGGAGUUUGUCACAUACAUCAACAUUAAAUCAAAAUCUAGACCUAGGGUUCUUAAACCAAGAGAAGAGGUUGAGUUUCUAGAGAGAGAAGAUAGUGAUUACAAAUUUGAGCUCAUGAUCUUCUUCUUCUUCUAGGUUUGAAUCCUUGUCUUCAAGAUCAAUCCAAGCCUCCAAUCAAUCUCCAAGAUCACUCUAGCACUCUCUCUGUCUCACUCUCACUAGAACUCCCCUUUUGGUAUUUUGGGCAAACCAGAGAGAGGGAAUUGAAUUUCUCUCCAAAAACCAGCUUUCCUUUUCUCUCUCCCCGCUGGUGUCUUCAUAUUUGCACGAAAGUGACCAGUUCACGGCCGCGUUGGCCAGUUCACGGCCGUGAACACCUAAACGCGUUCGUAAACUCAGCGUCGUCUCCAAAACGCACCGCUUCACUCUCAUGGGUUCACGGUUUGUGCUCCAAGUUCACGGUCUUAGAGACCGUGAACUCGUCUCGCGGUAGUAACUGCAGAUUUCUCCCUGGAUGCCUCGAUGUUCACGGUUACGGGGCAAUUGUCACAGUUUUGGCACUUUUCGACCUCUAAUCAACCCGAAACUCGUCCUCGGCCUUCCCAUACGUGCUAGGACCUGAAAUGUAUCAAAACAAGCACAACCUAGAAUGAAAUAUGUCAAGGAACGAUGAAAUGAAAAGUCAAACUAUCAAGAAAUGAGGGGCAAAAUGUGUACAUUUGGACCCGAAUCAGCUACUUUCCAUUUUCGUGCAACUUCUCUACGGUUGAGAACCCCCCCCCCCCCCCCCCCAAGGCAGUUCAAUAACUUCACCUUGGAGAUCUGUCAUGAGGCCAUAGUGAUAAAAAAAAACUGGUAAUACCCCAUUUUAUUCUUACACAAAAAACAAUCCAUUGAACUUAAUCUUUCUGCGAACUCCCAAUUUGACUUCGUGCUAUGUUUUUUUCUUCUUUUCGUCUUUUUUUUCCUUGAACGACAUGCAGAUACUUCCUCAAGUUUGUCAAGACUGUGAAGGACGAGAUUUCUCAUGAAGAGUGUCUGGAAGACCCAAACGGUAGAGUAUGGCUCGUUGGGUUAACCAGAGGUCGUACUAACAAAAAUAUAGUGUGGCUCUAUCUGGACUUGCUGAAUUUCUCAAUUCUUACUUCAUCAGGUUGGCCACUUGCCGAUAUUCAAAUAUCAUGACAGAUCCGUUCUAGGUGGUGGUUUUGACAACACGGUUGUGAGGUCCUGAAUGUCAUGCAUCUACGGAUGAAGGAGAGAGCGACGACUCCAAGUCCGAUGAUGCCAAAGAUUCAGAGUCGAAGAGGGACAGGUAGUACUACCUUGGUGGCCAAUAUUGUAUCCAAUCCACCGUUCCAAUCCAAUCCAUGCAUCGACUAAAACAUCCAUUUAAUCCAAUCCAUUUAAUCUAAAUCCAAUUAUAUUGGUGGAUUCAUAGAUAUUUGGUAAAUUACAAUUUGGUGCCUAUAUUUGUUAUUUUUUAUAUGAUGAUACCUAAAAUAUUAUUUUUAUAUGUAAAACAUCAUUGAAAAAUUAUGUUUUGGUGCCUACAUUUUUAUUAUGACAUUUAGUACCUACAAUUUUUAAAAUUUACAUAAUGGUCCAAUGUUUAGAUGUCAGUUUGAUCCAUGAUCCAAUUCAUGAACCCACCAGUCCAUUUUAUCCAAUCUAUGGAUCCUCCAAUUCAAUCCACUAAUCUAUGAAUUCAAUCCAUUUUCUAGUUCUACCUUGAAGUUCAUAAGUGCCAUUCUAGAUUCCCUAUCCAAGGAACCUACAAUAAUGGAGAUGGUGUUGAAUAUUGGUGAAAGCCAUUCGAGUUAUAUCAUUGCUUUCUUACGCUUUGCUAUUGUAUCGCAGCUCCUCCUACAUGUGGUUCCUUAGGAUACAAAGCUAAAUGCGAUGAUAUGGCAGAUGUCCCCAUUAGGAUAGUUCAAUCAUAGCACGUCAUAUGACCUGACAUCGGGUGAAGAGGAUUUGGGUACUUCCCGUCCAGUGUAGCGCGCAAUAUAGUGUACCCCGACAUCAAGAAGGACCCAAACCUCCCUUUGGUUAGCAACAGGAGAGAGGAUUAUAAAAAAUCCGGAGUCUCAUUGCCUUUGCAACGUGCCUGAUGAUAUUCCUCAACAGAUGUACUUUUCAUUAGUGGUAACCCUACCUACAAAUACUUUUAACCAACCUAUGUCUGAUAUUUGCAAAACAAAUGGAAGAAGAAGCUAAUAGAAUAUGUUCUUAUAUUUUUCGAUAUAUUAAUCUAUAUUGCUAUAAUUUUUGCAUUUAAACUCUUCAUUCACAUAUUCUGAUUGCUUUUUAUUAUUGCCAUACAAGAUGGGAGUCGAGAUUUAUGAUACGAGAAUUUAUAUUCAUCCUGGUCCGAGAAUUCCUGAAUUGUUGGAUGGCCAACCUUUUCAACGAUCCCAAAGUAUUUGGAUGGCAGACCCGGUAAUUAGCAUUUAUUAUUUCUAUUUCAUACAUUAUAAUUAGUAUUUAUUAUUUAUAUUUCUUCAUAUAAUUAGCAUGUGUUAUUUCUAUUUCUUACAAAAUAAUUAGCAUUUAUUAUUUCUAUUUCAUACAAUAUAAUUAGAAUGUAUUAUUUAUAUAUCAUGCAAUAUUAUUAGUAUUGAUUAUUUCUAUUUCAACACUAAUUAUUAACUUUUUAACUUGUGGGAACAACUUGAUGGUAUCACCUAUUGGGGACAUCUGUCUUGCCCCCAUGGGAUGUGUACGAAUUGAGACUUUAAUCGAGAGAGCGGGGUUGGCGAGUGCGCGAUUCUUCAUAGGGAUGGAGUUUGACAAUGAUCUGCUCACAGUGUUGGUCGAGAGGUGGAGGAGAGAGACGCACACCUUCUACCUCCUCGAGGGAGAGGCAACGAUCACAUUGAAUGACGUCGCCUUGCUCAUCGAUUUUCUCACCCUGAAGGAUGCAUCUAUUGUGUUAUCUUCUGUGUGAUGAGAUAUAACUGUUUAACAUCUGAAGUGAUGCUUGGAUACGUCUUACAAACCAUGCAAUAGUCUGAAAGAAGAUAUGCAGGACAAUAGCUGAUAUUGGCAUUGCACGAGCACCAACAUACAAACCGUUGAAUCUCUCACCCAUUUUCGUCGUGGUUAUGCCAUACCUUUACUAUCUGUCCUAGUGUAAUGCCUACUUCUCAAAAUCAUGCCUUUCUGCCCAAUCUGCGCCUUCGGGGUGGAUCUCUCUUAUAUGCUUCAUCGUGUCCACAUACUUUCGGGGUUGAUAGUGGGUAGCUACAUGAAAGAGUGUGAGUGUUAGUGAAGAAACGUAGACAUACACAUAUUAAUGAGGGAGAUAUGUACAUUGAAGAAUUAUAAAUUGUACUUGCCGGCUCGCCAAACAUCACUUUGGCCCAAUGUGUGGCCAAACUUACGACCAUAAUUGCUCUUGAAAUGGCACAUCACCAUCGCCACUUUCAUCCAAGCUCCUCGGGAAAAUUGUACAUUGCAUGCGCAAUGGUACGGUGACAAUCAGAUAGGAUGUCAAUGUCAUUCCGUUGAGUGACGCGAGUGUAUAGUUGGAGGAAAAACCAUAGACAUUGGACAACUGUCGGUGUUCUCCGAUUCAACUACAACAAAUGCAAGCAGGAAAAAUUGUUUAUUGUCAUCAACACUUGUGGCGAUGAGUAGAGUGCCCUUGUAUUUGCCCAUCAGAAAAGUCACAUCUACUUGAAUUACCCGCUAGCAAUGAUCAACAAUACUCGCCCACCUGUUCCGUCUCGAUGUACACCUCAACAACUCGAAAAUGUUCUCGGCUACGAAAUCCAGCAUCAUAUUAAUUCCAUCAUCAUCAGACAUGAUUGAUUCUUUGUACACCAUUGCAUAUCUGUCGUAAACCGGCAUUCGAUAUACCAUCUUGCAUACUCUUCAAUGACCACCUAUGCAACACCAUUUCCUUACAAAUAUGAAAGAGAUCCUGCCAACCAAAUCUUCUAUCAAUCCGAAUAGUGCUUGCCUCACCACCUUCAUAGUCAACACUAUUCUGAAAUCUUGUCACUCGACAAUUCCACUAAAUCAAUAGGUCGAACUUUUUGAAAUUCCUUCCUAUUUUUGCAUUUAACAAUACCAAAAAUUACAUAUAAUUCAAAGCAUAAAUAUAAAUAAAUAGUCAAAUAUUAAUCCAAAACUCUAAUCCAUAUUUAACCUACAUUCAAAGGCUAAUGUAACCCAUGUUAAAACCAACAAAACAUAUUUAACCUACAUUCGAAAGCUAAUAACAACCGGUACAACUAAACCUUAAUAUAUCACCAAGCAUUAAACCAAAAUCCUAAUCUACAUUCAAAGGAUAAUGAAACCCAUGUUACAACCAACAUAAACAAACAUUCCUUCCAAUGACACCUUCUUCUUCCUUGCUAAUAAUUUCUUGCUCUUUUUGUUGUUUGUUUUUUGCAUAAUGAAGAGAGGAAUGAAGAAAGGGUGCUCGGUAUUUGUUUUAGUUCACUGAGAGUAGUUCGUUGUCUACCCCAGCGAUCCACUUCAACUCGGAACCCUAUCAUUGUACCCUGUCGUGAGACAAGUCGAGAGAAAGUGAAUGAAAUUAUUGGUAGAGGUUACUAGAUUAUGAAGCGAACUACUUAUAAAUAUGUCGACAGAUUGAUGGGUAAAAGACCUCGCGUACCAUUUAAGUUUGAGAAUUGGGGUCCUCAUACCACUUAAGUUUGAAUAGGGCGUCAGGUACUACUGAACUCUAUUAUAUGUGCACCCGGUACCACUUAAGUUUACUCCUAAGUGCAUUCCGUUAAAGUUGACAGAAUAUUCUUGGAAUAUUUUGUUUUCUAAAUUUCAUAAUUGGUCCUUCUACUUUUUUAUUGUAAAAAAAUAAUUUGGACCUAUGAAAAACAUUAUUUUUUAUUGGUUAGUUAGAAUCCUCUUUUGAAUAUUUGAUACCAUAUCAAGAAAAUUUAGAAUCAAUU